AUGAAGCGGAAUUUGCUCGGCACUAUUUCAGUUUAGACAAGAACCGGUUUUGCGAGGAACCUCCUUUGGGCUCUUUAUUGCUUAACAUAUCACUUAUCAAAUGUGGUUUGAGUAAUUAUUAUAACAUUUCUCAUACACUCGAUUAUUCUAAAUGAGAUUCUAAAUGUGUCUAGUUGCUUGGAGGUGAACAAGCGGAAAGUGAAAAAAAGGAAGAUAACAACCCAAUUGCUGAUGAAGAACAUGGAAUUGAGAUGAGUGAAGAUUUUGAAGGUGAAACUCAUGAUGUCGAGAAAAGUGGCGAAUCCAGUGACGAGGAAGAUGAAUCUGGGGAUGAAAGUGAGAAUCUGGAGCAAAAAAUGGGAGAUGUUGAUGGAGCUGAUGAGACGUUAGAUGAAAAAUUAUGGGCUGAUUCAGAUGAAGAAGAUGAUAAUGAUGAGAAGGUAUUCUGUCAUUUUGUUGUAUGUGUAUUUCAUAAUUGCUGCCUUUUAUUGCAUCUCAUCUAAGCACUCAAAAUUGCACAGUACAAUCAUCACCCCCUCCUGCAAAAUACAGCUAAAUCGUACAGGUUUUUUCAGGAAACUGAACAUGAUUAACAAACUUAUUGCCAUCGAGAGAAAAAGCGUCCAUUGUGACCUAGCACUGAAUAUCACACCUGAUGUCUGUUGUACUUACAGUAUAUUAGACCGCGAGCAGUCCCUUGGGAAAAAGGAGGGACUGCCGACAACGCAUCAAGAAACGAAAUACGCGUUGCCCACACAACGCAAAAUCCCCAUUGGUCGAGAUCGAUGUGCCUGUCAAUCACAUCUGAUAUGUAGUAAUAAUAUGCUAUAAAUAAUUUCCAGACUGAAUGUUGAUUUUAUAAAUAAACACCACAUUAACGGUUCCUAUUGGAUAGAUUUAAUUGGAUAUAAGUAAUGUUUAUGCAAAGGCGGAGCCAACUUGACAAGAGCGAAAAGUGGACGUAUUUGAGGCAUUUCGUUUCUUUAUGUGUUGUCGGCAGUUCUUCCUUCCCAUCGUACGCCCGGGAAGCUAAACCCGUGGAAAGGAGGGACCGCUCGCAGUCUAACAGUAUAUCCGUUUUACACCUCCCUCAAAGUGUACUGUCUAGCCAAUUGCCGAGCGAAUUAAGUUGCAAAUUACUUACAAUAGGAUGAUGUAGAUGAACGAGGCGCAGGAGCAGAGGGUGAAGGGCAAAGUGAAAUGGUUGCAAAAGAAGAAAAUCAAGGUAAAAUAUGAUUUCAAUGGACCUAUUGCCUAACAAACAAAAUUUUGAUCUAGACAAGUCUAGACACAGAUUUCAUCACAACUUGAAAGAGCAUCACAAGUAGUAAUAUUUCGAAGUUUCGUUGCGAAAUGUUGUAAAAUGCAGAUAAUAUAGCCCUGCGAAGUUUGCCGUUUUUCAGUCAUUUUGUAUUACGAUACCUUUUUUUAGAAAGCGGUACCAAUUUCCCGUGCUUAAUACAAAAUGACUGAAAAACGGCAAACUUCGCAGGACUAUAUUAUCGGCAUUUUACAACAUUUCGCAACGAAUUUUUGUCUAGACUUGUUGAGAUGGAAAUUUUGGUUAUUAGGCAAUAGGUCCAUUAAAUUCAAUAUUACGGCUUGCGAGAAACUGUGUUCUGAUACAUUUCUGUAUCAGCCCACUAAACACUUUAAAACGCAAUUAAAAUCCUGUUAAAUAUAUAUGUGCCAUGUUGGCAAACACAUAGCAACAUGAUAGGUAACACUUUUAUUUUGGCAUGUUUGUCUGCUUAAAUUCUACGCAUAAUCAUCAUCAAAAUUAGCCAUACCAUACCACACCAAGUGCCAUUUCUUUUGGAGUCCCACGUUUACUCCCUGAGACAAAGUUGACAAGGUGGGUUAGAUUCGUCUGAAUUUAUAUUGAAGUUUUUCAACUAACAAAUCUACCAUAAUAUUGCUUCCAGUGAAAAUAUGAAAAACGUUCCCAGGAAAUCAUAACGUUUAUUCCCUAGGUUCAAGUAAGGAGAGCAAAAGUAAGCCAAAGACGGACAAAAUGGAGGAAGAUGAGAUAAAUGAGUUAGGAAAAGAUGAAGACGACAUCGGAAACCUGGAUGAUAAUUUUACAGACAAUAAAAAUAAAAUGAAUCCUGAUGAUCCACAACCAGAGGAUAUAAAGCUUCCUGAAGAUCUGGAGUUAGACACUCAAGGGAGUGAUGAUGAUGGUAACGAUGAUGGUGGUGGUGAUGAUGAUGCCGGUGAUGUUAUGGAUGAUACAGCUGGUGAAGAAGGCAAAGGUGAAAACGAAGGUAAAGGUAACUAGCUUUCAAUUAAUAAUGUUCAAAUUAUGAUGAAGUUGAGAUGAUAAAGUUGAAAAUGAUAAUUUUGAAGUUGGGGAUAAGGAUGGUGAAGUUGGAGAUGAUUAUUUUGAAUUUGGGAAUAAUGAUGUUGAAGUUGUAGAUGAUAAUUGUGAAGCUAGAGAUGAUGAUGUUCAAGUUGUAGAUGAUAAUUCUGAAGUCGGAGAUAAUGAUGUUGAAGCUGGGGAGGAUGAUGGUGAAGUUGGAGAUGAUGAUUGUGAAGUAGGAGAUGAUGGCUGUGAAGAAGGAGAUGAUGAUUGUGAAGUAGGAGAUAAUGAUGGCGAAGUUGGAGAUGAGAAUGGUGAACUUGGAGAUUAUGAUGAUGAAGUUUGACAGGAAUUAAUUUGUCCAAGAUGUUCAGCUAAUCUCGUACUGAUUACGUUUAGUUGGUGAUGCCAAUAAUAGCGAUGAUGAAAGCGGUCUUCAAGUGAUUGAAGAUCAGGAAAGUGUUGAAGAAACGAACAAAGAAGAUGAAACGAAUGAAAAUCAAGAUGAAGCUGAUUUAGAAAAGGUUAACCUUAAUAUACAAAAAGGGAGCUUUUACUGUUUUUAAAUAUCCCGACGUAUCUUCAUCGAUCGAUAUUCUAAUUCCUAUAUUUUAUUCUAUGUUUUAGGAGGAGGAGGAAGAGGGUGAUGAUAAUGUGAAGGAGAAUGAGUGGAAAACAGAAUCAGAAACAAAGGUUCGUUUGAUACCCAGUUCGUUAAACUUAACGAGUUUCAUCUGUUCAAUGCAUAUUUAAUGGCUCUUGUCUUUUUGUUUUGUUUUAAAUCUGAACUUUGGGACAAGUAUUGACUUAUUUGAUAUGACUUGCUAGUGGAGGAGUAGUUGAAGCAAUAAUGAAGACUUUGUAUAUUUUCAAAACAUCUACACCUACAUUUAUUAAGUCGGUAAAAAUCUUUACAUAUUAUCAAACCAACUGUGAUACAUUUAAGAUAACUGAUGAAAAACUAUUAAAAGUUAAAACUUGCUUAGGGAUAAAAAAAGUUUGUUACUUCAUGUAACUCUUGAGUUCGCUCUUAAAAGUAUCUAUAGUUUCUGAUAAGACUAUUUCUUUAGGAAGACUAUUCUACUCACUUAAUGCCCUCGGAUAAAAAGAAUAUUUAAAAACGUCCUUUGUUGCUCGUGGUACUCUAUAUUUAAAUUUAUUACUAUUACCUGUCCGAGUUUCUUGACUCGAUAUCGAUACGUUCUCAGUAUUUAAGUUCUGUAGUCCGCGGCUAAUUUCACAUGUUUCCAUUUCAAACUACUGGUGACACUUUUACAUAUUUACAUGUCAGUCCACCAUCAGCAGUUAGUGGGUGAAAUUUUGUUAGAAUUGUUCUGAAUAAAUAUAUGAUUCUUUGGUUGUAGGGAGAGAAUGUUGAAUCAAUUGAGGACCAAGGCAAUCCUGAUGCAUCAUCAUCUGGCCUAUCUGCUGGCAAUGAGAGAUUUGAGCCUACGGAUAAUGAUGAGAGCAAUAGAGAGGAAGAUAAUGAGGGGACUGGUAAUAGUAUAUCGCAGCAGAGUGGACUGAACUCCACUGAUAGUUCAACUGCAAAUAAAAGUACAGAUUUGCCUUCGAAUGAUACGGUAUGAUAUUAACGGUAUUAUAUGAUAUAUUUUUCCUCGUUUAGAUUUACAAAAGUUUAUAAUUCCACCCGUGGCCGUCCCCAUCCCUGUUGAAAAUUUGAACUCCCCAGAGACUAACAGUCAUAUGACUCUCUGAAAGGGAGCACAAAAGUUUUGAAAUAACUGAAACUAUUAUAAUUAUGAUUUCGCUGGCCUCUAAUUAACUCGAAUAGGCAAUUCCAGCUUUUAGUUAUGCGUGCAGGGGGUGAUGGGAAGUAAAGUAUCAUAUUGCUGAUUAUGGUGAAAAAAUAAAAAUGGUGGCCGUGUAAAUAGGGAGUGAUAGCUUAUACUAUAAAUAUUGAAAUAUUUCGGUUGUUUCGGCAGUUUUUAUUGAAAUUUUUCAGCAUAAUCAGCGAUGUGAUACCUUACUUCCCAUCACCCCCUGCGCGCAUAAAUUAAAAGCUGGAAUUGCCUAUUGGUUUUACUUAAAAAUUGCUAAAAUGGCCCUUCUCACACUCCUUCAAUUAACAGUGAUGAUGCGCUGAUAAUACGCGACGGAUUUAAAUGUACCUAUUGUGUUUGUUCUCUUUACGUAGAGGUCCUACCGUAAAGAGUUAAACAAGUCGAGAGCAGAUCGAAGUCUUGGAUCUUCUGAAGAAACAGCAUAUAAGAAACCAAAGGUUUUAGAUUCGUCUGAAGACGGUCCCAAGAACAGCCAGGUAUGUAAAAUUGUGUAUAUUAUAGUCGCUGUCAAUUGUAUACGAACAGUGUCAGCUAUGCCAUGAUUUAGAGGUGAACCGCAAUUGAUAUCCAAUGGAAAGUCGAUGUUCAAUGGCUCUGAUCGGUGAUGUCUACCGAGCGCAGAGAGGACGACCAAAUAUGUUUCGACACAUGAUAAAUUGGACGUCUGAACCGACGUCGCGCCGUGUCGAAUGACUGUAUGUUUUUUGUCGAAUUAGGUUUAUCGAACUUAAUUAAUGGACCAUUUGCAUUAUAGACUAAGUUUUGGUCUAGACAAAAAUUUCAUCACAGCUUGAAAGAGCUUCACAAAAUUAGUAAUAUUCCAAAGUUUCGUUGCAAAAUGUGGUAAAAUGCGGAUAAUAUAGCCUUGCGAAAUUUGCAAUUUUCAGUCAUUUUGUAUUACAAACGGGAAAUUGAUGCCCCAACACCCGAUUGGGCUCUCAAUUUCCCGUGCGUAAUACAAAAUGACUGAAAAACGGCGAACUUCGCAUGGCUAUAUUAUCCGCAUUUUACAACAUUUCGCAACGAAACUUUGGAAUAUUACUAAUUUUGUAAUGCUCUUUCAAGCUGUGAUGAAAUUUUUGUGUAGACUUGUCUAGAUCAAAAUUUAGUCCAUAAUGCAAAUGGGCCAUUGAUUCAAAUGUUGCGCUUUUCGAAUUAGGUUCGGGCCGUUCGGCAAUGUUUUGGACCAGAUCUUACUAUAAAGAAUAUUGUUAUGGACAAAACAAGUGAUGGGCUUUUUAAUUCAUUAUUUAGCCACAAGACACUUCUUCUGCUGAAUUAUUUGAACACAUACGGAAUGAAUGCGAAAUGCAUGAUAUUCAAGUGUACGAUGCGGCAACAGAACAACAAAUACAACAAGAAGCAGUUCAUUAUCCAACUGAGACUGACGCGCAACACGAGACCGAGGAUAUGGACGAAGACUGGGAACUACCUCCGGGAGAAAACAGUCGUAUCGCUGAUGUGAAGGUAACAAGUUAUCUUGUUGACAGGUUUCAACAAACGUUCUCAUCUUCAGCUCACUGCCAAAACUCAAAGUUCUAUUAAAUUAACCAUUCUUUGCGUGAUUUUUCUUUCAGGAAGAGGAAAGUGAACGUGGUUUGCGAUUUAAACCAGACAAGACGCAGAGUAGCCCACAAAAAGAAACUAAUGAUGAUGAUGAAAUGUCAACUGAAGAUCAAGAUGAAGUCGGGAAAGAAUGGCAAGAUACCACAAGUUCUGUAUUCAUGGGGAAUAACCCAUCUUCUGCUGGUGGUGUUGAAGAUGUGAGUAUAAUGUGCUUUUAGGUUUUGUAGUUUACUGUAUUUUUCAGUGUAUUUUCCCGACCAAAUCCUGAUCGAUAUGAAGUUGUGGAGUUCUGUACUUUAUUGUAUUGUAUCCUGGUUUGACCAGGGCUUUAAAUUGGUAUUGGAAUUGGUUUCCUAUACUUCCGACUAGCAUUUAUAUUAUUUCCAUAGCGGGGAUUUAAAAAGAACUUCCAGUGUUUAUUGUAUUGUAUUGUUCAUGUUAUCAUUCUGCCUUUCUCCGCUGUUUACUGUCCUUUUCUAUUUUUACAGACUGAGGCAUUAGAUCCAGAGAAAUGUCGUAGUGAACUUGAAGAACUGUUGUGUAAAUGGCGUGAUUUAGAAAAAGGAAGCCCGGAAGAACAAGCCACUGCGCUUGAUGCUUGGCAUAAAUACGAACAGCUGACGUCAGCACACUCUCAGCAAUUGUGUGAACAACUGAGGAUAGUACUGGAACCAUCUGUCGCCAAUAAACUGAAGUACGGUUUCCUUGUUGUGUGUUCUUAGGUUUAACUAAAUGCCAUGUUAUAUAUGCAUGCAGUAAAAUCUUUAAACAUGGACAGCUUUUCACUUUUCAGAUAUUUUUUCGAAAAGAAAUUUCUAAAUUACUAAAACUUCAUUGACGACUUGACUUGCUCUUGUAUACGGUGAACAUUUCUUCUUGCCAAGUUUUUUGACGAGUUUAUCGUCUAUAUCCGAUGGUCUUUACUGGACGUCCAUAUAGUUCAGUUUAGCACUGAAAGAAUUAUCCAAUACAAAUAAUGUUGGUGAUUUUUAUUAGUCCUCUGACGGAGAAGAAUUCGGAAAAAAAACUGAUAGAAGUAUCUGAUAUAAAUAAAGUUUUUAAUUAUCUUCUGUUCAUAGUAUUAUUAUUAACAACUUUAUUGGCAUAUAAUAAGAGCACUGUCUAUCUUAUUAUAACAAGAACAAAUGUUAUGCCUACUGUGUAGUUCAUAUUAAAUUAAGUUUCUUAAAUGUAUAUAAUAUAUAGUAUAGACAAAAUAAUAUAUAUAUAUUAUAGUAAUUAAGGAGUAUCCCCAGGUUUAAGGCAUCCGUCUCUAAGGCAGAAACAUUUUGAAAUAAAGCUAGAAAAUAGCUCAAUUAUAACUAAGUCAUCGCAUGACACCACAUGCGUCAAUAAGUUUUGUUUUGAAUCCGUUGUAAUGUUCAUCUGAAAAAUAUUUUUUAAUAUAUUGUUUGCAUUGUUCCUAAUGCUACUGUAACUUGGACACUCGAAUGCAAGUAUGGAAGUUGCAGUUAGUGUGAAAAUUGGAUUUCCAUAUUUUUUCCAACGAAGAUCCAUUCUCCAACGAAGAUCCCAAACUCAUUAAUAAUUCAUGAGCAACGUAGCCAACCAUAUUGCUUUAUUUUGCUAAUGUUAUAGUACUAGCUGGAUACCUGGUGAAGUAUAUUGAUCCAAUCCUAGGACUGGAUCAAAAUUAAUUCACCUCACUUUAAGGAGUGAUAUAUAUUCGUAUGAAAUGUCAUUUCAAAUCCUCCAAAUCGGACUGGACUAGAUUUCAAGUCCUGGCAAAUUGCGCGGACUUGAAAUCUAGUCCAGUUCCGAUUUGAAAUACUACUGUUAGACAGUGCUUCAGUGAGCAACUCUUCAAUGAACUUUUUAGAGGUGAUUAUCGUACAGGAAAGAGAUUAAAUAUGCGCAAGGUUAUCCCAUACAUCGCAAGUCAGUAUCGUAAAGAUAAGAUAUGGCUAAGAAGAACAAAGAAAAGUAAACGACAAUAUCAGAUUUUAUUGGCUAUCGACGAUUCUUCCAGCAUGUCUGAUAAUGAAUCAAAACAGGUUGGUGUUUAUCAUAAAUAUUUUUAAGGGGCAUAUGACCCGAAAAUUGACAGUGUUAUUUUUUAGUCUAAUUUGAAAGAUCAUUGAAAACUGUAGACUAACUUCUUUGACGGAUUUUUGUUUUCUUGCUUCGUUUUGGAGAUAUUUCAUUUUGUAUGAUAUGCAAAGGACCAACUUUCUACGUCCCACAUGCACAAUGACUUACUCUAAAAAAAUAUAAUUCUGUCACCAUCACAUAGAUUCGCUCAAAAUAAAUGAAGAGCACGAGACUUGUCCAUAACAACACCCAUGUAGGUUUUCCACUAACUGUGUUUAGUCGUAUUAGAGAUAUACAGCUUUUAGGGCCAAAUCGUUAUGCAUAUGUGACGCAGGAAGUUGGUCCUUUGCAUAUCAUACAAUAUCUCCAAAACGAAGCAAGAAAACAAAAAUCUGUCAAAGAAGUUACUCCACAGUUUUCAAUGAUCUUUCAAAUUAGACUAAAAAUUAACACCAUCAAUUCGAGUCAUAUGCCCUUUAUGAAGACUUUAUGGAUAUCUCGCUUGUAGAACUGCACGUUGAAAGGUUUCGGCAUGUUGAUGGCAAUUUCGACGAAAUACUAUAUUCAUGUUUUAGACCUGAUCGUCAGUACCCACGGAUAGUAACCAGCUUAAAGUGUACUUUCCAUAUCUUUGAGUGUUAAAAGCUCAAAAUCGACUACGAAAAUUAUACUAUUACUCGCCGAAAUGUCUUGUACAAAGCCAAAAUCAGAGUUGGCAACAUAUCUAGUUUUGAAUUUUUUUCUGUGUUGGUGUAGUGUACUCAGGUGAAUAUGAUAUUUGUGGUGUUACUCUGAGUCUAUAUCCACACCGGGCGAGCUUGAAAAAUAUGCCCGGCCACGGUGGGAUUCAGUGUUUGACUCAGAGUAACACCACAAAUAUCAUAUCUAGUUUUCUUUAUUAAUGCCUAUACUCUAUGAAAAUGGCAGGUGGUCAGAAAAUACCAUCAAACAAAUUUUGUUGCACAUUCUCAGGUUUUGGCCGGCGGUCUAUAAGUUUGCUAAAAUCUGAACCUCUUUUUUGUACACAAAGCUACUGAAAUAUAGGGCUUUUUACUUUUACUUAUAGUUAGCCUUUGAAUCACUCGCAAUCAUCACUAAUGCUUUGACAAGACUGGAAGCCGGCGAAAUAGCAAUAUGCAGGUACGACUUCUUAUCGAAAGACAGUAUAUUGAGGGCUUUCUACAUUUUCUUGGAGCAACCUAGCUAAUCAUUUCUUACUUGUUUUUCCUGUCUAGUUUUGGAGAAGAUGUCCAACUACUUCAUCCAUUUCACGAGACGUUCACGGAACAAUCGGGUGCAAAUAUUCUUCGUCAAUUUCGCUUUGAACAAAAGAAAACAAAAAUCGCACAGGUAUGUUUUCGUUCCGAAAGGGUCUUGGCAUAUAAUGCGAUCAAAUAUGUGAACCCGUUUCUAAACUCUGACAUACAACCGAAAUGAGGAAUGUAGUUGAUUUUGAAGGGGCAAUCAGGGGUAUUUAUUGUUAUCAGUGACAUAAUUUUUUACCGGCCCCCAAUUUUGGACAGGUUAUUUUGUUGCACUAUCCAGGGGCAAUCUGAGGGCAAACAAAAGGGACAAAUUCAAGCUUGCUAAUAACACAGAAUACUAUACAGAAGGUCAUCUCCAUUGUUUUUUGCUUAAGCGCUAUUCGUCAUGAUUCGUCACUCGGCAAGUACCGUAAACAGAAGUAGUCACCCCCCUGGAAAUAUCCAAAAUGGCGCUUUCUUCCGAAAGCCAUGGAUAUUCCCAGGGGGUGACUUCUUCUCUUUUGGGUGCUUGUUGAGUGGCGAAUCAUAGACGAAUAGCACUUGCACAAAAACCAAUGGAGACGGCCUUCUGUGUAGUAUUUUGUGCUAAUGGGGGCAUUCCUCGUGCGAUUGUGAAUUUAUACACUUUACUUUUACAGGGAUUAGACGCGUGUACAAGUGUGAUGACGUCAGCAAGGUCACGUGUAAACAUCGGAAAUGACGUAUCACAACUUCUGCUUAUUGUUAGCGAUGGCCGCGGGAUUUUUCUUGAAGGGAUUGAGGUAGGUUUUUAAAUAUCACAAACUUACCUGAAAUCCUCUUUUAAAGGACAUUGGCAAUAAAAAAAAUUGUUUAGGUCAUUUGAAAGAACUCCUAAAACUAUAUAUUAAACUCUAUUACAGAUUGUUUAUAUCUUGCUUAGUUUUCAAAAUAUUUAGACUGAAAAAAGUGAGCUGUUCGCCAUCUUGGAUUGUUGAGGAUAUGCAUGUUACGUCAAGAGAGGCAGUCAUGCUAUUUUUUUAUCUUGAGAGUAAGCGAUGAAUAUGGGUGCAAAUGUCGUUUCUGGUUGCUGUCUGAAAUUUAGAAGUAAUUAAAAACAUUUCAAACAAUUUUGAAUUGUUCCUCGGUCAUUUUAGAGUAGUUUUAUAUGGUUAACCCAAUUCCUGACGUCAUCAAAACCAUAGUUAAUGUUGAGGUCAUGAAUUAGUCCAAGAUGGCGAACAGCUCAUUAAUUUCGGUCUAAAUAUUUCGAGAACUAGGCAAGAUAUGACAAAUCGGUAAUAAAGUUUAAUAUAUGAUUUUAAGAGUUCCUUUGAAUAAGACCAACUGAUUUUUUAUAUAGUGGCUAUUGGAGCUGGAGAUAUAUAUUCACCGUGUUUUUAGGACUAUCAAAAAAUUUAUAACUAUUUCUUUUUUAUUUUAGACCGUCCAAAGAGCAGUCAGAAAGGCAAGAGAAGCGGGAAUAUUUUUGGUAUUUGUGGUCCUCGACAACCCAACAAAUAAAGACUCCAUCCUGGAUAUAAAAUCUCCCAUAUUUCGGCCAGGCCAAAUGCCUGAACUCAAGUCAUACAUAGAACAAUUUCCCUUUCCAUUUUAUAUAAUUUUGCGUGAUAUCAGUUCGCUACCGGAGACGUUGAGUGAUUCUUUGAGACAGUGGUUUGAGUUGGUGUCGAAUAUGAGCUGAUAACGAUAUUAGUAUAAAGAUAUUAGUAUAACGAUAUUAUUUUUGUAUAAUGAAAGAUGAAACGGUGCAACCGGCUACAGAGUAGACACCAUACAGAGGUCUCACUUCUUAUUUAAAAUUUCAGCGUAAGGGAUUUCCGAGUCCGUCAUGUUCUUAGAAAAUGCCCUAAGGGGCUGACCA